AUGGCUGCCGAGUUGUUGAGGAAGGCGCUGCGAGCACUGAGGGGCAAGGCCAGCGUCCUGAGGGCGCGGAUCCUCUUCCUCGCCUCGCUCCGCCGCAGGACGGCCAUGGUCGGCAUGGCGUCGCGCCACCUCCGCGUCCUCAUGCGGGGCCGCCAGAGAGACGCAGUGGACGAUCAUCACAAGGCCCUCGCCCCGUCGACGGCUGCGGCGGUGGAGGACGAGCAGGUGCCGCCGCAUGAUGUCGACGCCGCCGGCCUCUCCGAGCUGUUCCAAGAAAUCGUCGGCGACAACCAUGACGUUGGUUACCCGGACUGGACGCACUCGUUGUUUGACGACGACGACGACGACCGUGACAGCGACGUCGACGAGGAAGAGGAGCGCGGUGGUGGCUGCGAGGCAGUGGACGAGGAUCGGCUGGCCGACGACGAGCCGUCGGUGAUGGACAUCAUCAGGAGGCGCAGGGAAGGGGACGGGGUGGAGUUCAACGUCGAUGAGGAGAUCGACCAAGCCGCCGACAUGUUCAUACGGCGGGUCCGCAGCCGGAUGAACAACCGGAGCUUCUAG